AGUUAUAAAUCAGCGGGGCUGGAGCUGGCUACUAACUGGUGCCCGCGAGAGGUGAAGCUGGCAGGGCAGCCCGCAGCGGACGCUCCCUUUCCGCAGGUCGGGUCGGGGCAGAGCGGGCGGGUAGGGCUCAGGGGCUGCUGGAUGCGGAUUCCGCGCCGCGCUGAGCCGUUAUCUCCGCCACCGCGGGAAGCGCCCGGGACCGAGGAGAGCCCGUCGGAGAGGAGCCGGCACCUCUGCCCCUGCCUCGCCGCGGUCGGCAGGGAUAAAAACCUGCGCUCCCGCGGGCAGGACCAUGCCCCGCCAGCUGUUCUCAGGGAUCGUGCUGCUGGGAGCCGCCCUCCUGCUCUCAGGAUCUAAUUCAGGAUCAAAAUUAAAAGUUCCUGAGCUGAGUAUAAAUGCCACGCAGCACGUUGUUCAAGUAGGACAGACUUUAAAUCUCACUUGCAGGGGGGAAAUGGUUCAUUCAUGGUCUUUGCCUGAAACUCUAAGCAAGGAUAGCAAAAGGCUGAAAGUAAUUAAAUAUGCCUGUGGAAGGAAUGGGAAGCAGUCCUGCAGCAGUCUGACCUUGAGCAGAACUCAAGCAAGUGACACUGGAAACUAUAGCUGCAAAUACCCAACAAGUCCAGCGAAAAAGAAGAAGGAAUCUACAGUCUAUGUAUUUAUUAACGAUACAAGCAAUCCAUUUGUAGAGAUGCACAGUGAUAUACCUAAAAUAAUACACAUGACUGUGGGAAGAGAAAUGAUCAUCCCAUGCAGAGUCACAGCACCAAACAUUGCUGUUACUUUAAAAAAGAUUCCACGAGAAACCCUAAUUCCUGAUGGCAAGACAAUCAUCUGGGACAGCAUGAAAGGCUUCAGAAUACCUAAAGCGACCUACAAAUUCAUAGGGCUCCUGAGCUGCGAGACAACUGUCGGUGGACACACAUAUAGCACAAAGUACCUAACGCAUCGAGAAACCAACACAAUUUUCGAUGUUCAGUUAAGCACCCCACGUCUUGUCAAGAUGCUGAAGGGAGACAGCCUAGCACUUAACUGCACUGUCACUGCAGCCUGGAACACCAGAGUGCAGAUGACAUGGACUUAUCCUGGGGAGACAAGGAGAAGAGGUUCUGUAACGCAGCGAAUUGACCAGAAGAAUACAGAGGCUAAUAUUUUUUACAGUAUCCUUGUUGUUGACAAAGUGCGUGAUAUUGAUAAAGGGCAAUACACCUGCCAUGUGAAGAGCGGGCCGUCCAUCAAAGCUGUUAACACAACAGUCAUUGUUUAUGAUAAAAUGUUCAUUAAUUUGAAACGUCGAAGAAAAACUGCGCUGGAGGCUGUAGCUGGAAGAAAAUCCUAUCGCUUGUCAGUGAAAGUGAAGGCAUUUCCCUCUCCAGAGGUUAUAUGGUUAAAAGAUGGGCUACCUGCUGCUGAAAAAUGCGCCCGGUACAUAGUUAAAGACUAUUCAUUAAUCAUCAAGGAUGUUGCUGAGGAAGAUGCUGGAAACUACACCAUAAUAUUGACCAUAAGACAGUGGAACUUGUCGAAGAACCUUACAGUUACUCUUACGGUAAAUGUGAAACCCCAGAUAUACGAAAAUGCUGUGUCAUCAUUCCCUGAUCCCAAUCUGUACUUACUGGGUGGCAAACAAGUGCUGACAUGCACUGUGUAUGGUAUUCCUCAGCCUAAAAUUACAUGGAUGUGGUAUCCCUGUAAACAAAACCAUUAUAAAACAAGGCAUGGCUUUUGCUUUUAUACUGAAGGAUCUUUCAUCGUGAAAGCUGGCAGCAACAUAGGAAACAGGAUCCAGAGCAUCACUGAGAGAAUGGCUGUAAUAGAGGGCAAAAAUAAGACUGCUAGCACUCUCGUUGUAGCUGAAGCCAAAUCUUCUGGAAUCUACAGCUGUGUGGCAUCCAAUAAAGUGGGAAAAUCCGAAAGAAAUGUCAGCUUUAUUGUAACAGAUGUACCACGCGGAUUCCAUAUUAGUUUGGAAAAAAUGCCCAUUGAAGGAGAGAAUUUGGUAUUGUCCUGUUCAGCCAACAAAUUCCUGUACAAAGACAUUGCUUGGAUUUUACCGAGGACAGUCAACAAUCAAACAAAAGCAAAAAGAUCUCACAACAAGGAGUAUUCCACCACCCUCACUCUGACCAUCAAAAAUGUUUCCCUGGCACACUCAGGCACCUAUGCCUGCCGAGCAAGGAACAUAUACACGGGGAAAGAAGUGCUUCAAAAGAAAGACGUUACAAUCAGAGCUCAAGAGGCACCAGCCCUGCUGCAGCAGCUUACGGAUCAGACAGUGAACGCCAGUAAAUCUGCCAUGUUGGAGUGCCAGGUUCGUGGUAUCCCUGAGCCCCAGAUAUCCUGGUUUAAAAACCAUGAGGAAAUACAGCAAGAACCAGGAAUAAUUUUAGGGCCCGGAAGCCGAAUGCUGUUUAUUGAAAGAGUAAAAGAGGAGGAUGAAGGACUUUACCAGUGUAUAGCCACCAACUUAAAAGGCUCCGUGGAGAGUGCGGCAUAUGUCACAGUACAAGGCAUAUCAGAGAGGUCAAACCUGGAGCUGAUAACCCUGACCUCUACCUGUGUGGCUGCGACACUGUUCUGGCUCCUGUUGACCCUCUUCAUUCGCAAGCUGAAGAGGCCUUAUUCCUCUGAAAUGAAGACCAACCAUUACCUGUCAAUCAUAAUGGAUCCUGAUGAAGUUCCCUUAGAUGAGCAAUGUGAACGUCUGCCUUACGAUGCCAGCAAGUGGGAAAUUGCAAGGGAAAGACUUAAACUAGGAAAGUCUCUUGGACACGGAGCUUUUGGAAAGGUGGUACAAGCAUCUGCUUUUGGAAUUCGGAAAUCACCAACAUGCAGAAUAGUUGCCGUGAAAAUGCUAAAAGAAGGAGCCACAGCAAGUGAGUACAAAGCACUGAUGACAGAGCUGAAAAUCCUAAUCCACAUUGGCCAUCAUCUCAACAUUGUGAAUUUGCUGGGAGCUUGCACAAAAAAUGGAGGGCCUCUGAUGGUGAUUGUUGAAUACUGUAAGUAUGGGAAUUUAUCAAACUAUCUGAAGAGCAAGAGGAAUUUUUUCAGCCCUAACAAGGACUUCUCUCUGCAGGGAGAGCCAAUGAAAGAGAAAAAGGAUAUUGAGCCAGUGGAAAGCAAAAAACAAAGGUUGGCCAGCGUCACCAGCAGUGAGAGCUUUGCAAGCUCUGGGUUCCAGGAAGAUAAAAGUCUGAGAGAUGUGGAGGAGGACGAGGAGGAUGCUGAUGAUCUGUACAAGUUGCCCCUCACUAUGGAGGACCUGAUCUCUUACAGCUUUCAGGUGGCCAGAGGCAUGGAGUUCCUCUCCUCCAGAAAGUGCAUUCAUCGUGACCUGGCAGCCAGAAACAUCCUUUUAUCUGAGAACAAUGUCGUGAAGAUCUGUGAUUUUGGCCUCGCAAGAGAUAUUUAUAAGAAUCCUGAUUAUGUGAGAAAAGGAGAUGCUCGACUUCCUCUCAAGUGGAUGGCUCCUGAAUCCAUAUUUGAUAAAAUCUACAAUACAAAAAGUGACGUGUGGUCCUAUGGGGUCUUGCUGUGGGAGAUAUUUUCCUUGGGCGCCUCUCCUUACCCUGGAGUCCAAAUAGAUGAGGAUUUCUGCAGCAGACUGAAGGAAGGCACAAGAAUGCGAGCUCCGGAGCAAGCGACCGAGGAGAUUUACCAAAUCAUGCUGGACUGUUGGCAGAGCAAUCCCAAUGACAGGCCACGGUUCUCCGAGCUGGUGAAAAAGCUGGGUGACCUGCUGCAAGCAAAUGUCCAGCAGGAAGGCAAAGACUACAUACCCCUCAGCACAAUAUUUACAACUAAAAGUGGGUUUCCCCAUGCAUCUGACCCUUUGUGCAAUGAAAAUCUUUCUGUUACAAGCUCAGGUUCUGGAAGCACUGAAAACAUCAGAUACAUAAACACUUUCAAAAUAACCCCCCACCAGCGCAUAAAGACAUUUGAAGAGCUUCCCAUCAAGGAAACACUUGUAUUUAAUGAUUACCAAGCAGACAGUGGGAUGGCCCUGGCUCCAGAAGAACUGAAACGCUUCACAUGGACAGGCAGCAAGCAGAAAUGGACACUCUUUGGCAUUAAAGGUGCCAGCAGGAGCAAGGAGUCAGUGCUUUCUGGAAUAACCAAGCCAAGAAGCUUCUGCAGUUUCAGCUGUGACCAUCUCAGUGACUCCAAGCAAAGAUAUACCUAUGGUAAUGCGGUGCUGGAGAAAAUGAAAGCCAGCCAUUCUCCCCCUCCUGAAUAUAACUCUGUUGUCCAUUAUUCUCGAACACCUGUUUAAGUACUUCUAGGCCAAAAUCUAAAUAUGCAUUUAAUCCAAAAAGGUUCUUAGGAAAAACAGUCAGUUUAAGAACUUUGACCCAAAUUAUGUUAAUUGUUAUAAAACUUAGAAGGUUAUCAUUGGCUUAAUCACAGUGAUCUGCUUUUCUACAGACCACAACAAACGUAUUCAAAAUACAGCAACAUUCUAUUGCUUAGGCCUUGACUUUCCCAAAUGCUCAAAACCAACAGCUGCUAAAAAUGCCCCAUGCUUCUCCAUCCAGGAAAACCUGGAUGGCCACUUAUUACACAGAAAACUAGUUCACUGUUUGGUCCCUGGCAGCAGAAUGGCAUUUCAUGCUCUUGUCCCCAAGCCUCUGCUCAGGCCCAGGUGCAGCACUGCUGUCCCAGUCAGGAGAGGCAGCUGGGAGCCCUAGAGAGUCAGGAGCCUGCAUCAGGCACUAAGGCAUUUGCAUCCUAUUGCUGGGUUAUGUGUAGUGCUGGAAAAUAAAAGGAUUCUUUAACAAGGUAGAAACAAGAAACAGACCACAAGCUACAUUUUCAAUGAAAACUACUUUGAGAAACUUGAGGGAAGGCUGAUGCUCUGGGGAAGCCGAAUAGGUUAUUUGGGAAUGGGGCAUUAGAUGGAUCUUAACUACUUCAGAUGGCACGCAUGAUAGGGAGCCUUGCAAGGCAAGAAUUUAAAAUGUGUUGCUAAACACAAUGGGUAAGGACAGAGAAGAACUAAGACCAGAGCCACGGCUGCAACAACAUGGAAUACAUAUCAAUUCAGUUUGGAUAAGCCUGCUGAAAUCAAGUAAAUAUUCUCCAAGUUUUGCACUUUGUUAAUAUGCCAAGACGCACAAACUGGAACCAAACCACAAACUAGAUAUGUUAAAGCCAAGCUCUGUCCACAAAAACCUUGUGGACCUUGUAACACUGCACUGAUUAUAUUUUAUUUAUGGGAAUUUGUCUGAAAAGACAGGAUGGCUACUAAACUGCAUAUACUUUAAAUUAAUUGAUUGCUAGAGAGUUUGAAGAGAUCAGUUAGAAAUUACAAGACAAUCUCCCUGUAAAGUUAGGGCAGUUUUUCUAUGAAGAGUUAAAUUUCCAUGCUAGUUACCACUAUCUAUGUACAGGAAUAAAAAUGUAUCAUUUAUUUGCAACAGACUUUGGUAUAGCAUCUCAGAACAUGAGUGUUCUUUGCUAGAGAAGCAUUAGGAUGUACCCAUUCCCCUUCACCUUUGAAUGCAAUAUUAAAAUGAGAGUUGGCCAUUUAACACAGUAGCACUGAUAUCUUCAAAUCAAUUACUGCCCAAUCUCAGCUUCUCAUGGUCCACUAAAAAUAUAUAUUAACUCAAAUGCUACAUGUUAUAUGGUCUUGACCUCUUAGAAUUCAGCUUAAGAGCUGUGAAUGUAACCCACUAACAAACAAAGGCAAAUGACCUUUUGCAUAUUUACAAAUAAAAUUAUCUUAGAUAUGCAAAUAAAAUAAAUAUGUACCACUACUUCUAAGCUAAGUAUCAAUUCCAGAUCUUCCUGGCCAAGAGAUCAUCAGUUUUAAGAAUCUACUGCACUGUCUCUUGCUGGCAAAGUAUAUUUGACUUUGAUCAAAACAAAAGUUUAAGAACUGUUUCCUAACUUGAAUUUAACAAAAACAGUAACAGGAUGAUGCAUCUCAAAGGAAGCAUUUGCACAAUGUAAAUAUAUAAAUAUGCUUUUUGUGCAUAAAUAUUUAAGAAAACUGGAUUACAAAGAUUACUUUUAUAUGAACCUCCUAAGUGUCUUCAGAUGUGAAUAACUCCUAUUUUGUCUUGCAUUUUCUGUCUUCAUAUAAUGUAUUUGACUGCUAAAUUCAUAUAAUAAAGUUUGCUUUCGAAAGAA